GCCAUCUUUUUGCUUUUAUUUUUUUUUCCUUGUUCAAAACAAAAACACAGGCCGGUCAGACAGUCUUUUGCUUGUUUCUUUAAAGUUUACUUUGGUUUUUAUUGCUUCUCCCAACCAAUAGAAACAUCUCUCUCAUUAGCCGCCUUUUUGUCCUCAGGUUUGGUUUUGCCACUGUUAUCUAUCUGUAUGUAAGUUGUGAUAUGUAUAUGGUUGUUUCUGCUCUUUGCUGUGGUUGUAUGUUGUUUUUUAGUGUUGGAUUGUGAGGUUUUUUUAUUGUUUUAUUCUGUUUAUCUGGGUUUGAUUCAGUUCAUGAUUUGGUGAGGUGGGUGGAAGAGAAUUUGGUUCCACUUUGAGUUUUUUGCUAUUUUUGGAAGGUUGGGGUUUUGAUCAGUAACUGUUGUCGCAACUGGGGUUUGAAUUUUGAAUAUUAUGUUGGUUUGAUGAUCAGUUUGUGAAGGACUUUGGUUGGAUUCUGUGACUGUUGCCAGGGAUUGAAUUUAUCUGUUGUUUAGAACAAAUUUUGAGGAGUUAGAAAGUCAUCAUCAGUGUUUUAUCAAUUUGGUGAACUUGGUCUGAAGACAAUUUUUGGUUUUUGUGGUAAUUGUGAGAAGUUGAACUUGCCUAUUUAAGCAGCUUCAAUUCUUGAACUGGAAGUAUUUAUGGGGUUUUAAGUUUCAGUUACUUUUUUAUCUGGACUGCUGUCUUCUGUUGAUUUGGUGGAGUGGGUUUUGAGCAAUUCACCCGAGUUUCAUGGUGAUUGUAAAAAAUUGUGGUACCUGGAACUUACGAAUUUGAAGAUCAGUGGGUUUUGAACUUCCAGCUCCGUUUGUUUCUGUGUAUUUGCUACAGAGUUGGAUGCGCUGGGCAUGAAAGUAUGAGCUGCAUUGUUUGAAUUUCUUAAGAUUUCCGGGGUUGCAGUUUUGUAUAUCCUGUCCAUUUAGCUUAGUUUGGUCUAUAUCCUGCAAUGUUUCCAUCAUCUUUAAAUUCCCAAAGAUUGAAAUAAAUCACAAUUUUAUUUAUUGAGGAUGGCCACGGCUGCAUUAAUUAUAUUCUUAUUGAUGCAAUUUCGGAUUAUACUGGCCUCGGGGUUUGUGAUACAGUCAAAGGUUUGUGGUUCUGAUCAUAUAGCCUAUUCAAAUUGUCACGGUCAUGAAUUGUUCUACAUUAACGGGGAGCUCAAAGAAAAAGAAUCAUUUUGCAAGGCCCUCCAUUCCUUCGACGUAAAUGAUUGUACCUUUGAGAACUACCUUGGGAGUAGCUGCAGUGGAUUGGACCUGGAUCUUUCAUUAGCUGACUCUCCUCUCAAGCCUGAAAGAAGUCUUUUGCAAAAGGAGGUAAGAGAAGAAUCCCCGAGUCAUGAUCUUAGUCAGGAUACUCCAAAAGAGAAAACUCUUUCACCCCCCUAUAAAGCUGGGAUAGGAGCAGCAGGAGUUAUUGUGAUGUGUUGUACUUUUCUCUGCCCCUGUCUAUAUAAGAAAAAGAAAGCAACCACACACACUGUUCUUGAAAAGGAUCCAAAGUCAACGGAUUCAAUAUCCCCUUUCAAUGUGAAUUCUGCUUCUGAAAAAGUGCCGCCUAGUCCACUUCGGGUGCCCCCUAGUCCCUCUAGAUUCUCUCAGUCUCCAAAACUCAGUAGAUUAGGAUCAGUUCAUCUCAAUUUGCAGCAGGUUGCUAGAGCCACACGCAAUUUUUCGCCAUCACUUCAGAUAGGAGAAGGAGGCUUUGGAACUGUAUACAAGGCCGAACUAGAUGACGGUCAGGUGGUUGCCAUAAAACGAGCAAAGAAGGAACACUUUGCGAACUUGCGAACUGAAUUCAGCAGUGAAGUUGAACUUCUGGCCAAAAUUGAUCAUCGGAAUCUGGUGAAGUUGCUUGGUUAUGUUGAUAAAGGAAAUGAACGGCUUAUUAUUACAGAGUAUGUGCCCAAUGGUACUCUCAGAGAACAUUUGGAUGUCCAGCGUGGCAAAAUCCUGGAUUUCAACCAGCGGCUUGAAAUAUCUAUUGAUGUUGCUCAUGGAUUAACUUAUCUCCAUCUAUAUGCAGAGAAGCAAAUUAUCCAUCGAGAUGUGAAGUCAUCCAACAUUCUGUUGACAGAGAGUAUGAGAGCUAAAGUAGCAGACUUUGGAUUUGCAAGGAUGGGUCCAGUAGACUCUGAUCAAACUCAUAUCUCAACCAAAGUGAAAGGGACAGUGGGUUACCUAGACCCAGAAUAUAUGAGGACCUAUCAACUUACUCCCAAGAGUGAUGUGUACUCAUUUGGGAUUUUACUUCUAGAAAUCCUGACAGGACGCCGCCCUGUGGAGCCGAGGAAACCUGCUGAUGAGCGGGUGACACUGAGAUGGGUCUUUAAGAAGUACAACGAAGGAAAUGUAGUGGACAUGGUGGAUCGGCUUAUGGAAGAAAAGGUGGACACGGAGGUACUGUACAGCAUGUUUACAUUAGCAAUCCAGUGUGCAGCACCCAUCCGAUCUGAACGACCAGACAUGAAAGUAGUUGUAGAGCAUUUGUGGGGAAUAAGGGCAGAGUACCUGAAAGGUGUAAAGAAAGGGUAAGAGGACAGCACAAAAUUUCGGUGUUCUACUGGUCGUCCCAUCUCAUUCCAUUCCAUUCUGUUCUUUUGUUACCCUUUCUUUUAUCCUACCUGUAAACAAAUUGUGUUUUUAACCUUGAGACAGAGACUACUUCCUCUCA